UAAAGAAGGGCCGGGACAGCACGCGACUGCUUCUGGUAAAUGCUGAACGCUGCCGAGAGCUGGCUGGGUUAUUCAUAAACCUCCCCUGCUUUGGGCCACAGCGCAGAAGUCGGAGAUACACUGGGAAGAGAAGAUGGCGUGGGAUCCACCCUUGCAGCAUCCUCCCUCCUGGGUGAGGUCUUCCUCCCUCUUCUUGUCCUGCUCGAGAGCUGCCAUGGCACAGUUAAUCGAGGCCACCACAGAACCCCCAAAAAAGAAACCGGACCCUGUCACUUCGGAGACGGUGGUGAUCUGGGGGCUGCGCCUCUGGCAGGUGAUUGGUAUCUUUGCCAUCUUUGUCCUGGCAGUCAUUAUCACGCUGUGCUGUAUCUUCAAGUGCCGGAUUCCCCGGACAAGGAAAGAGAUUGAGGCACGAUAUGCUCAACGGCAAGCAGCCAAGACAUAUGCAGACAAACUGGAGACUGUGCCACCGCUCAAUGAGCUGACAGAGAUCCCUGGAGAAGAAAAAAAAGAAGAAGAGGAAGAAGUUCCCACUGUAUCUGGAAAAGUGGACAAGGCUCAGGGAAAGAAAGAUGGAUCCAAAGACUCCAAGAAGAAGGAUGGUGAAAAGGACCAGAAAGAAGAAUCCAAGAAAGAAGGGAAGGAUGGGGCCAAAAAGAAAGAAGGAGAAAAGGGAGAAAAAGGAGAAAAGGGGGAAAAGGGAGAUAAGGGAGAUAAGGGGGGAAAGGAUGCUACUGACAAGAAACAAGGUGGUGGGAAGAAAGGUGAAAAAGAAGGUGAAGAAGCAAAAUCAGGAAAGGCUGGUGGGAAUGCCAAAGGCCCAGCAAAGAAGAAGUGACUUUGCUAAAAGACAGUGCUGGCAGCCUUUCGGGGAGGGCACUGUCAAACUGCUGAUGGUAGAGCAUUGGGAGCAGAUGGGACACGCUGUCUCCACAUACUCAGGCUGUUGAGUGCCACUGGAUGUACAGAUUU